CUUUGCGAUCCUGGAAGCAAGGGGGCGGGACCUCGAGGGCUGAGUGCGGGUGAUGGCGGCGAACUUGCAGAAGAUCGAAGGGGAUGAUUCAGUUUUGCUGCGCGUCACCCAUUCAAAUAUUAAGACCUUCUCCACUGACAUUCGAUUCUCGCUACAGACGUCAGUCGAAUCUGUAAAAGAGAAGCUCUGGAAAAAAUGCGGUACUUCGGUGAACUCGAUGCACCUCGAGCUCUAUGACGACGCAAACUACAAAAUUUCCGAUCUUACCGACAAUUCUAGACCCCUGGGGUUCUACUCACCUCUGGAUGGGUUUCGUUUGCAUGUUAUAGAUCUUGAUCCAUCAUCUGUCACUUCUGGUGGUUGGCUGGAAGAUACUUCAUUGGUGGAGAAAUACACGAUUUCUGAAGAAGCUUAUAAUAAGCGUGAAGGAACUUUUAGAAAAUUUAAAGAGAAAUUGUCUUCCCAAAAUCCAUCAACUGUUGCGGCAAAGGUGCCAGACACCUCUCUGGAAGACCUCCGUUCAAACAUUAAGGUAGGUUCCAGAUGUGAAGUUGAACCUGGGGAGAAACGGGGUGUUGUAAAAUUUGUUGGCCAGGCAGAAGCAUUGGGUCCUGGCUUGUGGAUUGGAGUACAGUAUGAUGAACCCUUGGGCAAACAUGAUGGCAUGGUGAAGGGAGUACGCUACUUUGAAUGCCCUCCAUCUCAUGGGGCAAUGGUUAGAGCAGAGAAAGUAAAGGUCGGUGAUUACCCCGAACGGGAUCCGUUUGAGGACGAAAUAUGACCGUGGUUUUUUUCAUUUGGACCUGAAAAGUUGAGCACAUUUUUCUUAUCUUUUUCUUGAGCAUCUAAACAUUGCGGAUGGAAACGCAACUUUCUUGAAGUUUCUGGGUGGCUCAUGGGUGAGGAUUAUUUUCCCCGGAAAGAAAAAAAAAAAAGAAGCUCCAAUCUCACCGCAUGCUUGUUACAAGAUAUCCACUGUAUUUUACUUCCCUCAGCUAUCAUUUGUCCUGCACAGCUGUUGGGCUAACUACUAAUGUACUUCACUUUUCUGCCUUUCGACGUAGGUUUAUGUUAGGUGCAUAUGUUAUAAAAGAUAAAAUACUACUGAUGCUCAGCAAAACUCAAAGUGAGAUGAUUACAAAGGCUUUAGUUAUACAA